AUGACCUUCGAAGGUGCUGUUGGCAUUGACCUGGGCACGACCUACUCCUGCGUCGGCGUGUGGCAGAACGAGCGUGUGGAGAUCAUCGCGAACGACCAGGGCAACCGCACGACCCCCUCCUACGUCGCCUUCACCGAUACGGAGCGCCUGAUCGGUGAUGCCGCCAAGAACCAGGUCGCCAUGAACCCCCACAACACCGUCUUCGACGCCAAGCGCCUCAUCGGCCGCAAGCUGAGCGACUCCGUCGUCCAGACCGACAUGAAGCACUGGCCCUUCAAGGUGGUCAGCAAGGGCGACGACAAGCCGCUCGUGCAGGUGACCUUCAAGGGUGAGGAGAAGACCUUCUCCCCCGAGGAGGUCAGCUCCAUGGUGCUGCUCAAGAUGAAGGAGACGGCCGAGGCCUACCUCGGCAAGCAGGUGAAGAAGGCCGUCGUGACGGUGCCCGCCUACUUCAACGACUCCCAGCGCCAGGCCACCAAGGACGCCGGCACGAUCGCCGGUCUUGAGGUGCUGCGCAUCAUCAACGAGCCCACCGCCGCCGCCAUCGCGUACGGCCUCGACAAGGGCGACGACGGCAAGGAGCGCAACGUGCUCAUCUUCGACCUUGGCGGCGGCACGUUCGAUGUGACGCUGCUGACCAUCGACGGCGGCAUCUUUGAGGUGAAGGCGACCGCCGGCGACACCCACCUUGGCGGCGAGGACUUCGACAACCGCCUGGUCAACUUCUUCUCUGACGAGUUCAAGCGCAAGAACAAGGGCAAGGACCUCAGCUCCAGCCACCGCGCCCUGCGCCGCCUGCGCACCGCCUGCGAGCGCGCCAAGCGCACCCUGUCCUCCGCGACCCAGGCCACGGUUGAGAUCGACUCCCUGUUCGACAACAUCGACUUCCAGUCCACCAUCACCCGUGCCCGCUUCGAGGAGCUCUGCGGCGACCUCUUCCGCAGCACCGUGCAGCCUGUCGAGCGCGUCCUCACCGACGCGAAGAUGGACAAGCGUGCCGUGCACGACGUCGUGCUGGUUGGCGGCUCCACCCGUAUCCCCAAGGUGCAGUCCCUCGUCUCCGACUUCUUCGGCGGCAAGGAGCUGAACAAGAGCAUCAACCCCGACGAGGCCGUCGCCUACGGCGCCGCCGUGCAGGCCUUCAUUCUCACCGGCGGCAAGAGCAAGCAGACCGAGGGCCUGCUGCUGCUCGACGUCACCCCGCUCACGCUUGGUAUCGAGACCGCCGGCGGCGUGAUGACCGCCCUGAUCAAGCGCAACACGACGAUCCCGACCAAGAAGAGCCAGAUCUUCUCGACGUACGCGGACAACCAGCCCGGCGUGCACAUCCAGGUCUUUGAGGGCGAGCGCGCCAUGACCAAGGACUGCCACCUGCUCGGCACCUUCGACCUGUCCGGCAUCCCGCCGGCGGCCCGCGGCGUGCCUCAGAUUGAGGUCACCUUCGACCUCGACGCCAACGGCAUUCUGAACGUGUCCGCGGAGGAGAAGGGCACCGGCAAGCGCAGCCAGAUCACCAUCACGAACGACAAGGGCCGCCUGAACAAGUCCGAGAUCGAGCGCAUGGUGAACGAGGCCCGCAAGUACGAGGCGGAGGACAAGAACCAGCGUGAGCGCGUUGAGGCGAAGAACGGCCUGGAGAACUACGCCUACUCCAUGAAGAACACGAUCAACGACCCCAACGUCGCCGGCAAGCUCGACGACGCCGACAAGUCCACGCUCAACGCCGCCAUCGAGGAGUCCCUCAGCUGGCUGUCCAGCAACCAGGAGGCCUCCAAGGAGGAGUACGAGGACCGCCAGAAGGAGCUGGAGGGCAAGUGCAGCCCCAUCAUGACCAAGAUGUACCAGAGCAUGGGCGGCGGUGCUGCCGGUGGUAUGCCCGGCGGCAUGCCCGAUGACAUGGGCGGCAUGGGCGGUGGCGCCCCCGACGCCGGCGCCGGCGCGUCCGCGGGCCCCAAGGUCGAGGAGGUCGACUAA